AUGAAUCCUUACUAUCCAUUGAUCUUUAGAAUAUCUCUUGUGGUUCCCAAUAGCGGUCAAUUCCAAUACAUUAUUCGUUUGCUUAACACCAACAUUGAUGGUAAGCGCAAGAUUAUGUACGCUCUGACUUCGAUCAAAGGUAUUGGCCGUCGUUAUGCCAACUUGGUUCUUAAAAAGGCAGAUAUUGAUCUCAACAAGAGAGCUGGUGAGGUUACAAACGACGAGCUUGAGCGUGUCGUUACUAUUAUGCAGAACCCCCGUCAAUACAAGAUUCCUGACUGGUUCCUUAACAGACAAAAGGACAUCAAGGAUGGUAAAUACACCCAGGUUAUUGCAAACGCCCUUGACAACAAGCUUCGUGAGGAUCUUGAACGUCUCAAGAAGAUCCGUGCUCAUCGUGGUCUCCGUCACUACUGGGGGGUUCGUGUUCGUGGUCAGCACACCAAGACCACUGGCCGUCGUGGACGCACAGUCGGUGUUUCCAAGAAGAAGGGCUAAAAUCGUUGAUCAGUCUAGCAAGGCUUUUCAAUUGUGUUCCAUAAAGCUUGGUACUUUGGCUUUGCAAUUUCAAUGAAUCAAGUUUACUUUUCUUAAACA